AAUCAAGAGCGUAGGGAUACGUUACGUUUAGCCUGCGUUACGUGACGCGUCAAAACUUAGCGAGACAAAUUUUACUCGUAAUUUUAGUCACAAAGCGUGUUAUUUGUGUGCGGAGUUAGUUUAGCGUGUUUACAGGUAAAAUAAUCGUGCUUCUGUGCUAAAUUACGGCGCAAAAAGACUUGUCGAACAGAUUAACUAGCGAACGCUCUGCGUGGUUUGUUGGGUAACUAUGAGGCGGGGUUCUUCCUAUGACUACAGAGACAGGGACCGUGGACGAGACAGGCCUCGUUCUUGGCCAGUGGGUGGUCGCAGUAAUGGCCCCCCGCCCAUGAAGUUUGGGCAUCUCGGUGACAGUCUCCGCAAGAAAAAGUGGAACCUGGAUGAGCUGCCAAAAUUUGAGAAGAACUUCUACACUGAGCACCCAGAAGUUCAACACUUGACUCAGUAUGAAAUCGAAGAGUUUCGCAGAAAGAAAGAGAUCACCGUCAAAGGGUCUGACUGUCCUAAACCUGUAAUCACUUUUCAACAGGCACAGUUUCCACAAUAUGUGAUGGAUGUGAUAAUGCAACAGAACUUCACAGAGCCCACACCGAUUCAGGCUCAGGGCUUCCCUCUGGCUCUGAGUGGCAAGGAUAUGGUGGGGAUAGCACAAACUGGCUCUGGAAAGACUCUAGCUUAUCUUCUUCCAUCAAUUGUGCACAUUAAUCAUCAGCCCUAUCUGGGGAGAGGAGAUGGACCUAUUUGUUUGGUCCUUGCCCCGACCAGAGAGCUGGCCCAGCAGGUUCAGCAAGUGGCCUCAGACUACGGCAAGUCUUCCAGAAUCAGAAGUACCUGUGUGUAUGGUGGAGCACCCAAAGGACCGCAGCUUCGAGAGCUCGAGAAGGGUGUUGAGAUCUGCAUUGCCACGCCCGGUCGCCUGAUUGACUUCUUAGAGUCAGGAAAGACUAACUUGCGUCGCUGCACAUACCUUGUGCUGGACGAAGCUGACCGCAUGCUGGACAUGGGAUUUGAACCCCAGAUUCGCAAGAUAAUUGAACAAAUCAGGCCUGACAGACAAACCCUUAUGUGGAGUGCAACUUGGCCCAAAGAUGUCCGUCAACUGGCUGAAGACUUUUUGAGGGACUACAUCCAGAUUAAUGUCGGCGCCCUCGAACUCAGUGCCAACCACAACAUCCUGCAAAUUGUUGAUGUCUGCAUGGACAAUGAGAAGGACCACAAACUUGUUCAGCUGAUGGAAGAGAUUAUGGCAGUGAAGGAGAAUAAAACCAUCAUCUUUGUGGAGACCAAGAAACGCUGCGAUGAGCUGACGAGAAGGAUGCGAAGGGAUGGGUGGCCAGCCAUGUGUAUCCAUGGAGACAAGAGCCAGCCAGAAAGAGACUGGGUGCUCACAGGUUGGAGAAACACAUCAUCAGUUAUUGUUAGAGCUUCUGUGGCAGUUGAUGGUGAGUUGUCUCAGAAGUUGUUAUUUUUGACAGAAUUCCGAAGUGGGAAAGCUCCCAUUCUGAUUGCCACAGACGUUGCCUCUCGCGGUCUGGAUGUUGAAGAUAUCAAGUUUGUCAUCAACUUUGACUAUCCGAAUUCUUCGGAAGAUUACGUCCACCGUAUUGGACGUACAGCCCGCAGUACCAACAAGGGCACUGCCUAUACCUUCUUCACUCCUGGGAAUGCACGGCAGGCCCGCGACCUUGUCCGGGUUUUGCAAGAGGCAAAUCAGGCCAUCAACCCCAAACUGCUUCAGAUGGUGGACUCAGGCCACGGAAGAGGAAGCGGCGGCAGAAUGCGUUACCGUGGCAGCAGCUCCAACAAUCCCAAUACGAUGUACCAGGAUGAGUGUCAACGGCGCAUGCGUUCCAGGGAGGGAAGCGGCGGCAGCAGAGACGGCCGCUUCGGCCGCACUGACGACCGCCCCUCAUCCUCCUCAGGCGACCGUUACAGGGAUCAGAGCAGGACCGGCCACAGUUCGGCUCAGCACCAGGACUACAGAGCCGGCCACAACUCUAACCUUAGUGGAGGCCCUGCUAGUGGUGAAGGGAUGGACCAUUCGAGUCAUCUUCAGGGUCAGUUUGCCCAGCCUUAUCCUCCAUCACUGCCGCCAGGGGGGCCACAGCCUCUCAUGUCUCAGCAGUAUGCGCCAUCACAGCCCCCGUUAGUGAGCUUUGUGGGACAACCCCCUUACCAGUUCAACCCUCCUCCUUCCGGCCCUUCUCCCCGCUAGUAGUAGUAGUAGCCAUUCAUCCGUUUUCUUUACAGCAUGUCCUCAUUAGGGUCGCGGGUGAGCUGACAGUGAGCAAGAAGUGGGGUGCACCCUGGACUGGUUGUGACCCAAUCGCAGUAGCAUUGAGACGAGUGGGACUAUUUGUUGUAAGUUUGUAUUGGUCUACUCCAGGACCUCUGUGAAAUCUUUAUUAAAAAAAAAAAAAAAAAAAAAAACACAAAAAAUAAAAAAUUCUAUGCAGUUUCUACCACUUUUAUCGAGAAAAUCUAAACUUCAGUAGGAAUUGGUGUCAUACCAUGUAUGUGCCUGGUCUAGUUCAGCAUUACAUGGUUUUGUUGUCAAUGCACUGGCCUUUGAAAGCCAAUGGCAUAGAUUUAAAAAAAUAUGUUCGUUUCUGAAAGUAGUUUUAAUUACGUGUAGUAUUUUGUAGCAUCUUAACUCUUGGGCAGAUUCUGUGAAUACCCAAUUUUUUCAGUCUCUGCUAAAACAUCAAGGACGAGACCUUCCCCCAUAAUGAUAAAGUGGGGUUUGUAGAUCCAGAGCCCUGCCAGAAUUGAAUUGUCAUUUUGGCAGAUGGGGAUAGUGUGUUGGGUGUGGUGACCAUUGCAUGUAUGCCAUUAAUUACAACAUUCAUGCAUAUGCAGGAUGGGGGUUUCUAUUCAGGACUAUUUAGCCUUGGUGGAGGUUUGCGCCCUGCUCAGUACAAUUCUGCUUAUUAUGAAUUUAGCUGGCGGCACAGUGGACAGCUGGUUAGCACAUCUGCCUCACAAUUCUGAGGACCUGAGUUCAAAUCCAGCCUCACCUGUGUAGAGUCUGCAUGUUUUCCCCGUGCCUGCGUGGGUUUUCUCCGGAUACUCCGGUUUCCUCCCACAUCCCCAAAACAUGCACGGUAGGUUAAUUGAAGACUCUAAAUUGCCCGUACGUGUGAAGGUGAGCGCGACUGGUUGUUUGUUUAUAUGUGCCCUGCGAUUGGCUGGCGACCAGUUCAGGGUAUACCCCGCCUCUCGCCCGAAGAUAGCUGGGAUAGGCUCCAGCACGUCCGCGACUCUCGUGAGGAUAAGCGGUUUUGGAAAAUGGAUGGAUGGAUGAAUUUAGCUGAGUACAUUAAAAGGGGUAAAUAAAAUAAUCACAGCUCACCCUCAGGGAUCAUUUCUAGAAUAGGUUUCUUUUUAAAGAGGGUAUAGACAUAUUUCCAUGUACCGCUUGUUGUAUAAAGUGGAAUUUUUAAGAUCGUUCUCAUUUAAGACCCCCCCAUAAGAAUUUUGGCCUGUGAUAUAGAGUUUACACAUGCAGGCUUACCGUAAUUUCUCAUGUAUAAUGUGCAUUCCCCCCCCCCCCCCCCCCCAAAAAAAAAUUGUCAAGUCAAUAGUGUGCAUUAUAGAUAAGUAUAGGGGAAAAUGAAAAAGCUUUUACAUUUUAUAAAUGUAUGCCGCCAUCUAGAGGUUUUGGAAAAGUGUACACUUUCAUUCCAAUGUCAUUGCCACCUAGAGGUUAUGAAAAAAGUGUAGCCUGCAAUUUCAUUCCAGUAUGACAGAGGUACGUAUGACUGCACAUACUGUAUGUACAGUUGUGCUCAUAAGUUUACAUACCCUGGCAGAAUUUGAGAUUUCUUUUUUUAUUAUAUUUUUUUAAUAUUGCUGAACAACCAUAAUAUCUUUAUGGUUAUGUUUUCUUUUAAUGAUAAUGCUUUUCUGAAAUGCCUGACAGUUUAAUUUGAAUUCCAUUAAAAUAAAAUGUGUUUCGCCUAGCCCUUCAUGUUUUCUUUAAAGAAUUGUACCUUACAAAUUCUGCCUGCACAACUGUGUUUUCUCAUUUACCAAAUAAAAGUAAUCCUGUGAAUUUCAGAAUAAGAGCACGUAAAUAAAAAAAGUAUUACAUAAAGUGCUUAAAUUUAGAAUAAUUAUUUGAAAAAAUACUUCAUUUUGAUCAUAUGGGUAGAAGCAAGAUCAUGCAUUGUAAAAAUGCAUUAUACAUAGGUAGAAGGGUUUUCAACUUUGGGGGUGCGCAUUAUACACGAGAAAUUACGGUAUGUUAUUUUUAAGAGACUUGAACAUUCCAUUAUGUUCUAACGAAGUUAGCACACGACUUAUUCACACAUUACCAUUUUUUGUUUUUAUAAUGUCCUGUGCAGGCGUAUAUACUAUGGAGGGUGUUUGGGUUUUGUUUUGUCUAACUCAGCGACUCAGACUGUGUUGUGUAGUUAUCAUGGACUGUCCAUCUUGCAUGUACUUUGUCUUUCAUCAGUGCAUUCCACUUAGUCUAUUUGUAGAAAUCAUCAUUUGUAAAAUAUGAUGAUUUGACAAGCUCUGCACACAUUGUGUGUUUUCACUCUUUAGGGAUAACUGGAAUUCUGCUCUUGUUGGGCCUCACAAUAGUAGGACUGUUUGGGUUUGGGACAAUGUCCAGGUGAGGUCAGUAUAUCUGCCUGUGAAAUGUUUGGAUGACAAAUUUGAUGUACAAUUGUUUAUUAAAAAAAAAAGUGCUUAUGCA